AUGACUCGAGAGGUUGAAGUUCUAUUAUGGGUUUUUUUAGUGGCUGUUUGCCAAACAUACCCAGUGGUAAAUAGUGAUGGCUCCUAUAAUGCAGAACUUUCCGAGCCAGAAUUGUCACAUCAAACAGAAUUAAGUGAUGAUGAUUUAGCUUUACAUUCACAAGCAGAGCUUUCAUCAGAUUCCGGUGCAUUAAGGAUUUCUUUAUUUAAAGCUGCCGAGAAAAACCGGGAGUCGGUCAAUUUGGAAACUGAGGGAGUACCAUCAAAAGUUUUAAGUCUCUACGAUAAAACUCAAAAGAAAUAUUUUGAUAAAACACAGCCUUUACCCAUUUUGGAUACCAUAAGUGAACAUGAAAAAUAUGGUAAUAAUGGUGACAUGUUUGAUGGCAUUUCUCGUAGUCUGGUAAAUGGUUAUGAGGCCUUUUCCAAUCUAUUAAAUACUUUAAUACAG